CAAAACAGACCAUAAAUAAAUUUAAAUCCUUCGCUCCGUAAUCUCACCUGCUCUUCGCGGCUUCUCCGGCAACUUGCCAUCUUGGAUCGGGAAACCAGGCACCCAGCCGUCGCCGGCGUUUCCUAUCAAAUUUCUGGCCGUGAAAUCAAACUCCCAUUUGAGUGUGCAAGGAGUAGAGUGAGAGGUCACUUUAGGGAUAUGGUGAUAGUAGUUGUGACAGUGUUGUUGGGUGUCCUUUUGGGUGCUCUAUUUUUGAUCCCUCGGCAGCUUAAAUCUGAUCCUAGCAAAAAGUCUCAGCUAUAUGCAAACGCCAAGGCAUCCAAAUUAUACGCCAAAGCUGAAGUGUCUUUCCACAACAAGCGGACGGAUUGUUGGAUCAUCAUCAAAGAUAAGGUAUAUGAUGUUACCUCAUAUGUGGAGGAACACCCUGGUGGUGAUGCCAUCCUGGCACAUGCUGGAGAUGAUUCGACUGAAGGGUUUUAUGGUCCGCAGCAUGCUACCCGAGUCUUUGAUAUGAUUGACGAUUUUUACAUUGGAGAUUUGGAGAAGAUUUAAUUACUGCUACUUUGGUUUGUAUCUUAACAGUAGAACAGUUUUCUGCCAGUGUCUUAUUCUUCAUGGCCGCUAUCUGCCAUCAGUUUGUAUCCUAACAGUUGAACAAUUCAAGGAAAAUCAUGUUCUUCUUGGGUGUCA